AUGAUUCUGCACAGUCUGAGUCAGUCAAGACGGCUCGCGAAAUGGGCAAUCGAACUGAGCGAGUACGAUGUCGAGUACCACCCAAGAACCUGCGCAAAAUCUCAGGUGCUGGCGGAUUUCUUAGUAGAAUUGCCCACGGGGGAUAUGACCAACACAGAACAAGAUUCAACUUGGGUUCUUCACGUCGAUGGAUCAUCAUCCAAACUAGGAUCCGAAAUUGGGAUUCGGCUCACGUCACCCACCGGGGAAAUCUUGGAGCAGUCGUUUCGGUUAGAAUUCCAUGCAUCAAACAACGAGGCCGAAUAUGAAGCACUCAUUGCAGCAUUACGACUAGCCCAUGGGCUGAAGAUUUGCAACAUCCAUGCUUACUGCGAUUCUCAGUUAGUCGCAAAUCAAUACAGCGGAGAAUACGAGGCAAGGGACGAAAGAAUGGACGCAUAUCUAAAACUCGUCCAGGACCUGGCCCAAGACUUCAACCACUUCGCCCUCACCAGAAUUCCUCGCUCGGAAAACACCCAAGCAAAUGCCUUGGCCACGCUCGCGUCAAGCCCGGAUCCAGGACUAAAAUGGAUAAUCCCCGUGGAAUUCAUUGAACACCCGAGCAUCGGACCGUCGGUGAUCGCCAAUCUGAUUUGGGGACAAAUCGAAGAUGCGGAGGAAAUCGAAGAUUCACCAGAAGGAAACAUGGAUCAGCCGGAAUACGGUUGCGACAGCCCAUGGCUAGAGCCGAUCCGAGCCUACAUAGUCGACGGAAUGCUGCCCGCCGAGAAAUGGGCGGCACGCAAAAUUAAAACCCAAGCCGCACGAUAUGUUACGGUAGAGGGAGAAAUCUACAAAUGGAGAUUCUCUGGCCCACUCAUGACCUGCGCCGAGGGAGAGAAACAGAGAAAAGUGAUGGAAGAGGUCCAUUCCGGAUCGUGCGGAAACCACUCCGGCGGAAGGUCACUCGCAGUCAAAAUAAAACGCCACGGUUAUUACUGGCCAACUAUGAUCAAAGACUGCGAGAAAUUCGUACGAAAAUGCGAAAAAUGCCAAAGGCACGCGCCCACCAUCCAUCGACCAGCGGAGGUCCUCUCGUCCAUUUCAUCUAUGUAUCCCUUUAUGCGAUGGUCCAUGGAUAUCGUCGGACCUUUAUGCAAUUCAAAAUCCUACGCAAGUAUCAAAGACGUACAAGUCGAGAACUUCGUAUGGAGGAACAUUAUCACCAGGCACGGGGUCCCUUACGAAAUGGUAACAGACAACGGAUCUCAGUUCAUCUCUACCCGAUUUGAAGCGUUCUGCGAGAAGUGGAAGAUACGGCUGAACAAGUCAACUCCUAGAUAUCCACAAUGUAACGGCCAGGCAGAGACCAUUAACAAACCGUCCUUGACGAGUUAA